UCUGUGUGCACUGGAUUUCUCUGGAAAACACUCUCAAAUCCAGCAUUGAUCAUUCCAUCCGCAUCCUGACCGAGCAAGCUUCAUUUCAGUUUCAUAGGCCUACCACCCCUUAGGUAAAAUUGCAAAGGAAGACAUUUCUUGAAGGACCGGUCCUCUUUCCUUUCUAAGGACAUCUGCCUCCUCCGUUCGGCCACCAUGGAUCAGCCCACCAAGCUUCCCCCUUCCAGCCCGUCCUCACCCACGGCGGCCUUCUCCGUGCCCAGCGCCGAGAAGGUGGAUGGAUUUCCACGCCGCUCCAUGCGCAGGGCUCGCCAGCGGAGGUCCCACAGUUCAUCGCAGUUCCGCUAUCAGAGUUCACAGGUGGAGCUCACACCUCUGCCGCUGCUCAAAGAUGCCCCAGUGGCGGAGCUGCAUGAUCUGUUUUGUAAGAAGCUGCAGCAGUGCUGUGUACUUUUUGAUUUUCUGGACUGUGUGGCAGACCUGAAGGGGAAAGAGAUCAAACGUGCAGCACUGAAUGAACUGGUAGAAAGCGUAGCCACCAGCCGCGGAAUCCUCAUCGAACCCCUUUAUCCAGAGGCCAUCAAGAUGAUCUCAGUGAACAUCUUUCGUACUCUUCCGCCCAGUGAGAAUCCAGAGUUUGAUCCUGAGGAGGAUGAACCCACACUGGAGGCCUCUUGGCCACAUCUACAGUUGGUCUACGAGUUCUUUUUACGCUUCCUGGAGAGUCCUGAUUUCCAGCCCUCCAUGGCCAAACGUUAUGUGGACCAGAAAUUUGUCCUGCAGUUGCUGGAGCUGUUUGACAGUGAGGACCCCAGAGAAAGGGAAUAUCUGAAGACCAUCCUGCAUCGUGUUUAUGGAAAACUGCUUGGUUUAAGAGCAUAUAUUCGCAAACAGAUCAACAACAUCUUCCUCAGGUUCAUAUAUGAAACUGAGCACUUCAACGGAGUGGCCGAGCUGCUGGAGAUCUUGGGGAGUAUCAUAAACGGCUUUGCUCUGCCUCUGAAGUCCGAGCACAAGCAGUUCCUGGUGCGGGUCCUGAUUCCUUUGCACACUGCCAAAUCUCUCUCCAUCUUUCAUGCACAGCUGGCCUACUGUGUUGUGCAGUUUAUGGAGAAAGACGCCACCGUUACAGAAUAUAUCAUCAGAGGGCUGCUGAAAUACUGGCCCAAGACAUGCACCCAAAAAGAGGUAAUGUUUCUGGGUGAGAUUGAGGAGAUUCUGGACGUCAUUGAGCCUUCCCAGUUCAUCCGGGUGCAGGAGCCACUUUUUAAGCAGAUUGCCAACUGCAUCUCCAGCCCACACUUCCAGGUUGCAGAGCGGGCUUUGUAUUUCUGGAAUAAUGAGUACAUUCUCAGUCUGAUCGAGGAAAACUGUCAGGUCAUCCUGCCUCUGGUCUUCGGCACACUCUACCGAGUCUCCAAAGAGCACUGGAACCAAACGAUUGUGUCUCUCAUCUACAAUGUUUUGAAGACAUUUAUGGAGAUGAAUAGUAAACUUUUUGAUGAUCUUACUGCCUCCUACAAGGUGGAGAAACAGAAGGAGCUAAAGAGGGAGAGGGAGCGUGCUGAGCUGUGGAGGGGGCUGGAGGAGCAGCAGGAGCGGAGGCUGCAGAGUUUGGGAGAAGCAAGUCGCAACCAGAAGAACUUGCAAGAGAGAGAGAACCUGUGCAAGAAUGAGCCAGAGAGCAGCGCUGCCAAUGCCACUUAGAACACACACACUCACACACACACAUACACAUCAAUAUCAACACAUACAUACAAAUGCACAAGCCCAGAUAUACAAACAUAAAAGAUAUAACACACACAUUUGUUUUACAACUUGUUUUUACUCUGGAACAAACCUUCACCCUUCUGGAACAUAUACUCACCUCCCACACACACACACAGACACCUUGAUACACAUAUACACAUACUAUACAGAAGAAAUGAAC